AUGGCGUGUUCCGAUAAGAAGUCCUGCGAGGGCUGCUCAUGUAGCAACGAUGCCCAACCCCAGACAAUCAAUAUCGAGGACUGCCUCAGCGAGCUGCAAGCCUUGCGAAGACGCAACCAGGAGUUAGAAACCCGCAUGAAACUCGCCAGCGGGUCAGAUAAAGCUCCGGUCCCCGUCAAGCAGCCGGGACGAACAUUGCGAUCAUCGUUGUGGUUUGACUGUGGCAGCAAUCCCGGCAUGACAGCAACGUAUAUGGAGCGCUACUUCAACUACGGCAUCACCAAGGAAGAGCUCAUGUCUGGUAAGCCGAUGAUUGGAAUUGCUCAGACGGGCUCGGAUAUCGCGCCUUGCAAUCGCCAUCAUAUUGAACUUUCUAAGCGUGUCCGUGAGGGUAUCCGGACUGCUGGGGGUAUUCCUUUCGAGUUCCCUACGCAUCCUAUUCAGGAGACCUCGAGGAGGCCUACUGCUACCCUUGAUCGCAAUCUGGCGUAUCUUGGUUUGGUGGAAAUCUUGACGGGUUACUUCCUUGAUGGUAUUGUCUUGCUUACCGGGUGUGAUAAGACCACUCCGGCUUGUUUGAUGGCUGCUGCUACGGUGAACAUUCCUGCUAUUUGCAUGAACGUGGGGCCUAUGCUCAACGGUUACUCGAAGGGGGUUUUGACCGGGUCGGGUGCUGCAUUGUGGCACGGGCGAGAGCUCUACGCCACGGGUGAAAUUGAUGAGUCUGAGUUUAUGGAUUAUAUCGCCCGAGGAACCCCCUCAGUCGGCCACUGCAAUACAAUGGGAACUGCCUCAACGAUGAAUGCCCUGGCAGAAUCCUUGGGUAUGGCCCUGCCCGGGUCAGCUGCCAUCCCGGCAGCCUACCGUGACAGAGCUCAAUGCGCUUAUGAAACAGGCAAGCGGAUCGUGGAGAUGGUAGAAGCAGAUCGCAAGCCGUGUGAUAUCAUGACUCGAAAAGCCUUUGAGAACGCCAUCGUCGCCAACGCAGCAAUCGGCGGCAGCACAAAUGCUCCUAUCCACAUCAAUGCUAUCGCCCAGCAUGCGGGCGUCGAGGUCUCAAUGGACGAUUGGGAUACCACCGGAUCUACUAUCCCCUUGCUGUUGAACAUGCAGCCCUCAGGGGAAUAUCUCGGCGAAGAAUACUAUCGUGCCGGAGGACUGCCGGCUAUCAUGGCCGAAUUAUUAGACCACGGCGUGGUGCACGGCGACGUGCUCACAUGCAACGGCAAAACCAUAGCCGAAAACGUCCAUGGGAAGCACACAUGGGAUCGUCGCGUCAUUAAAACAUUUGAAGAACCGUUGAUGAAAGAUGCUGGUUUUGCUCACUUGAAGGGCAAUCUCUUCGACUCUGCAAUUAUGAAGACCUGCGUCAUCUCACCCGCUUUCCGGGAGCGAUAUCUCUCCAAUCCUGAUGAUCCAGAAGCAUUCGAGGGUCCAGUCAUUGUGUUCGAUGGGCCGGAAGACUACGAAGAACGCCUGGAGAACACGCCAGAAAUCGACGAAAACACUAUCCUCGUCAUGCGUGGCGUCGGACCAAUCGGGUAUCCUGGAGCAGCGGAGGUCGUCAAUAUGCACCCACCAGGCCGACUUUUGAAAAAGGGCAUUGAUGGCCUGUUCUGCAUUGGUGAUGGCAGACAAUCGGGAACAUCGGGAUCACCAUCGAUCUUGAAUGCUAGCCCAGAAGCGGCGGCAGGGGGUAACCUUGCUAUUCUGAAAGAUGGGGACAGACUCCGCAUUGACUUGCAGAAAAGACGGGUUGAUCUUCUCAUCACUGACGACGAGAUCGAGCAGAGGAGGCAGGAUUUGGGUAUCAAGGGUUUCUCUGUUGUCCCGAGUGGUACCCCAUGGCAGGAGAUCUUCCGCCAGGAAACUGAUCAGCUGAACAAUGGCAUGGUACUACGCAAGGCUGUCAAAUAUCAGCGGCUAGCCCAGCAGGCCCGCCGCUGCGUCACAAUCACUGAUAGAAUGGACAUAAGGAGCCUGGUCAGGAUAUAUGAGGGUCGAUUGCGUACACUUCGCUGCCCUGUCGAUAUGAGCGCAUUGUUGCAUGUCCCUCUCCUCUAUCCAAGAGAAACACGUGUUUGUUGA